AUUGCAUUGCGCUGUACUCGCAUUCACGUUGAAUUUUUUUUUUGUGAAGAAUGGAAAAUCAAGUGAUUGCUAGUGCUUUGAAAGAUUUACCAAAUCGGGUAUUAAAUUCAAAUCCCGAGGAGAGGAGUACAAUUUUCAAAAAUGUUUCCGGAGUUUUAGAAAAUCCAGACAUGAAUACUACAAUUGUAAAUGGUAUCUGCAAAGUGAUUGGGACAACACUAUUAAAAUAUAAAGACCCUGAUUCACAACGGUAUGUCACUAAUUUAAUAACAGAAUUAAUGAGAGUUCAUCCAACAUGGACAGUUAAUCAUUUUACAAAAGUUUUAAAUACUUUAAUAAAUAAAGAAUUAAAAAAUACACCAAAAGGAUUGAAACCAAGCGUAAUUGCAUUAGGUUGGACGGUAAUAUUAUUAAAGAACGCAAAAAGUGAUAUAGAAAAAUGCGAUUUAUAUAAAAUAAUUGAAGUUCAGUCAAUUUUAUAUGAAAUAAUACUAAUGGGAAAUAUGACAAUAGCAGUAGACAAAGCAGAACAGUUGCUUUUUGAUUGUUGGACAAAUCAGGAUAUUCUUCAUUCACAAAUGAAUUUGCUUUUAGAAAAAGAAGCAAGUAGUAACAUAGCUCUGUUUAUCAUGCUAACAAUUAAAUGUGAAAAACUUAAAUUUGACAGCAUUAGCUUAUUGAACAACAAUCGUAAUAAGGUAUUGGAUUAUUUUUUAAAAGGAUUUAUAUCAUCAAAGAAAAAAACUCCACAAAAAUUUAUGAAAGUUUGUAAAUCGUUUUUAAACAAUUUAAAUGAAUCGGAGUUUAAGGAUUCAAUUUUGCCAGCUAUACAGAGAUCGAUGUUAAGAAAUCCGGAAUUGAUUUUAGAAAAUAUUUCUACAAUAAUAUCCGAAAUUCAAUUCGAUAUUAGUGAUUAUUGCUCAAGUUUAGCAAAGGCUCUUGUACCGUAUUUAUAUUCAAAAGAGGAAAGUGCAAGAAAAGAUUCACUUGAAGCUUUGAGUAGUAUUACAGUAAAAUGUUCUAAGAUUGAAACUAUUCUAGAUAUAUUAAAAUGUUGUUUCGAGGCCUUGAACAGAUCAUCCGACAAAAUUACGGUGGCUGAAUAUCGCAUUAACAUUUUUAAAGCUAUCGGAAAUCUUAGCAUAAAUGCAGCACCGGUAUUAGAAAUUGUGAAAAUUAUUCCAGAAGUAACUGAAUUAUUUGAAAAAGCUUUAGAAACAGAAAUUCAAGAAAAAGUUGCUAUUUUAGCAUUAGAAAUGUUCAGCUUAUGGGCACUUCUCUUUGAAGGUGAACUUCCCGAUCAGAUUAUGAAGAUUUUCAAAAAGGGAAUGGAGUCAAAAAAUUCAACUCAAUCUAUUAGAAUUGCAUAUCUUCAGUGGCUAAUUGCUUGUUUGGAAAAUGGUCGUUUAAAAAAGGACACGGAUGUAACGCCUCUAUUAAUAACAUAUAUUGAGAAAGCAACACAACCUAAUGCUCAAAUAGCGAAUUUAUAUGAAGGUGUUUGCUGCUCAUGUAUAAUACUGCGUAUUAAAAUUGAUUUAAAUGAGUCAAGUCAUAAUUUAUUCUGGAAUUUGAUGUUAGAUACAGACAAAAAUAUUUUUUUAUCUGAAAAAUUCAUCACUACAGCGCCUGCUGAAGCCUUGUGUAAUAUCACAUUAAUGGCUGAAAUACUAUUAACUCAUCAUUAUGAAAAAAUUAAAGGAAGUUUAGAGCCUCUAUUCAAAGCUAUAAUGCAUGGUAUAGUUUCUUCUCUGAAAAAAGUUAGAACUUAUUGCUUAAAAUCACUUUCGAACAUAAAAAAAAAUACUAAUAAUUUCAAAGUUGAUUUUUCCAAAGAAAUAUUAAAGUUGUUGACAUCAUAUAUUCAAUCAAUUAAAGUACAUUCCGAGAACGAAAACAUUGAAGAGAAUGGAUUACAAAGUGAAGUAUUUGCAGAAGCUAUAAAAGCAUUGUGUACAUUUGAAGAAAUCUCUAUAACAGACGCAUAUACUAUUGGAUUGCAGGCAAUUCUUUGCGCACAUCAUCCAAGUGUUGUAAAAACUAAUAUUAACUUCUGGGAAACAAUAGUUCAAAAUUUUGAAGUGGAACCAAAGCAUUUUAUAGCAGUCAACUAUAAAUAUAUUCAAACAAUUUUAAUAGAUGAAUUUAAACCAGAAGAUAUGUAUUGUAACGCUAUUGAAACUAUUUGCCGGGUUUGCCCACAAUUAACAUUACAUAAAAUAGUUGAUAAGGUAGUAACCGACUUCAGUGAUUUCAAUUUAAUAAAAGUUACACAAGAUGAAUACCUUACAUUUUUGAUGCCUGAAGGCGAGCUUUAUGAUAAAUCUGUUAUUCCUAAUAGUACCGACAUUUAUAGUCAUGUAGGAUUAAAAAGAGAAAAUAAAGUUUACAGUUACAAAGAGCAAUUGGAAGAACUUCAAUUGAGGAAAGAGUUAGAUGAAAAACGCAAAAAGGAAGGAAAAAUAAAACCAGUGAAAUUAACACCUAAACAAAUAGAAGCAAUUAAAACUCAAACUGAAAAGGAAAGUCAGAUCAGACAAAGAUUGAAACUAUUAAACGAAAAGCUUCAUAAUUCCAUAGCAUUAUUAAGAUCUGCGUGCAAAGGUUCAAAAUUUAUCUCAGCAUAUUUCUCCAAAAUACUUACUACAGUUUUAAAGCUUAUGUCUUCUCCUUUAGCAGCUGAACCAUGUAAAAAUUUAUUUUAUGAAUUGCGAAAGUUUUGCUUUUCUAAUGACUUGGAGGAUUUGGGAACAGAUAUCAGUAUUGCUAUUAUAAGACUAUGCAAUCCGUUCUGUAAUUUAGAUGAUGAAUGGCUAAAAAUGGACUUAAAUGAUUAUGUAUCUAGUGUUUUAGUAAAAUUAAACUCCUAUUUUCAAAGUCUUGAUGAUGAAAAUAGUUUAACAGACUGUCAUUUUACUGCGCCUUGCUUUUGCUAUACUUUUGAACUAUUAAAAAGAGCUUUAAUUUCUCCUAUGAUAACGAAAAGCGAUGAAUUAUUGAUUGCAGGCAUUAAAUUUAUUGAAGUCCAUGCUCAAGUUAAAGGUGAAACCUUAACAGGUGAAAUAACAGAUUUAAAACAUCCGAAUUUUAUGCCUCGAUUUGAAAUGUUUAACUUACUACUCGAAUUGAUAAGUAAAUAUCGAGGUAGAAUACAAACUCAAGCAGUAUCAGCUUUGCUUGAAGUAGCAAACAUUAGUUCUGGACAUGAAUAUUGUUCGAAAGCGUCCGUAAAAGAAUUUGAAUUAUUUUUGCGAGCUUUGCAACAAAGUUCUCAAGCAGUUCGUGACGUUUCGCUUAGAGCUUUAAUAAUAAUGUCAGACAACUUAAAAACAAUUGAAUUAAACGAUGAGUUUAAACUAGAAUUGAUACGUCGUUUCUGGAUUGCAAAGCACGAUAUAUCUGAGGAUAACAAAAUUUUAGCGGAUGAAUUGUGGGAGAAGACCGGAUUUAAUGUUCCUUUAGACAUUUAUAAAGAAUUUAUUUUUGAUGUUUUACAUCCUGAAUUAUGUAUUCAGAAAGCUGCGGCAUCUGCCUAUGUUUCUUUGUUAAAAGAGGAUCCAUCCUUAACAAAGUUAAUUUUAAAUCAGUUACUUGAAAAUUAUCAUGAAAAGCUGGAGUUUUUGCCAGCGAUUUUGGACCAAUUUGAUAGAGAAAUCGAACCAGCAAAAGAUCAAUGGGAAGCUAGACGGGGAAUUGCAUUAUCAAUUUCUCAAAUAGCACAAUUUUUAACCUUAGAAGAUGUUGAUUGCACCAUGAAUUUCAUGGUUUCGUAUGGGUUAAGUGAUCGCGAAGAUAUUGUGCACAAACAAAUGCUAGCUGCUGCCCUGUGCAUCGUUGAUUUCCAUGGGAAAGAAACAAUAAAUAAGCUGUUACCCGUCUUCGAAAAACUAUUGGAUCAAGCUCCAAAUUCAUCAGAUUAUGACAAUGUAAGACAAGCGGUUGUAAUAUUAAUGGGAUCUUUAGCGAGACAUUUAGAAAAGGAUGAUGAAAGAAUUCAACCAAUUGUUAAACGACUUCUUGCUGCUUUGUCAACCCCUUCAGAGCAAGUCCAAGAGUCGGUUUCAAAUUGUUUACCCCAUUUAAUGUAUUCCAUUAAAGAUGAAGCUCCUGCAAUUAUCAAGAAAUUAUUGCAGCAGUUAGUUAAAUCUGACAAGUUUGCAGAAAGACGAGGUGCUGCAUAUGGUUUAGCUGGCAUGGUUAAAGGUUUAGGAAUUUUGUCCUUAAAACAAUAUGACAUAAUGCCAAAAUUAACAACAUAUAUACAGGAAAAAAAGCACUAUAAAUACCGAGAAGGAGCUUUAUUUGCAUUUGAAAUGUUAUGUAUUACAUUAGGCCGACUUUUUGAACCAUACAUUGUACACGUAAUACCAUAUCUUCUUCAGUGCUUUGGCGAUUCUUCGCAGUACGUUCGUGAAGCUGCAGAUGAGACAGCAAAAGUAGUUAUGGGUAAACUAUCAGCGCAUGGUGUAAAAUUGAUUUUACCGUCAUUGUUAAAAGCCCUUGAUGAAGAUUCUUGGAGAACAAAGACUGCAUCCGUAGAAUUAUUAGGUGCUAUGGCUUAUUGCGCCCCGAAGCAACUAUCAUCAUGUUUACCAAGCAUUGUACCGAAACUUAUAGAAGUUUUAGGGGAUUCACAUACGAAGGUGCAGGAGGCAGGUGCUGAUGCCUUGAAAGUAAUUGGAUCGGUUAUUAAAAAUCCAGAGAUCCAAGCUAUUGUACCAGUAUUGCUUAAAGCCUUAGAAGAUCCAUCCAAAAAUACUUCAGUUUGUUUAUGUAAUUUGUUGCAAACAAAAUUUGUUCACUUUAUUGAUGCUCCAUCUCUAGCUCUAAUAAUGCCAGUUGUGCAAAGAGCAUUUUUGGAUCGUUCUACAGAAACUAGAAAAAUGGCUUCACAGAUUAUUGGUAAUAUGUAUUCUUUAACCGAUCAGAAAGACUUGGCUCCUUAUUUGCCAAGCAUAAUUCCUGGAUUAAAAGCAUCAUUAUUAGAUCCCGUACCAGAGGUUCGAGCUGUUUCUGCUCGCGCUUUAGGUGCUAUGGUCCGCGGAAUGGGAGAAUCCUCGUUUGACGAUUUGUUGCCAUGGUUAAUGCAAACUUUAACUUCCGAAACCAGUAGUGUUGAUCGAAGUGGGGCUGCUCAAGGUUUAUCAGAAGUUGUUGCGGGAUUAGGAGUAGAAAAAAUGCAUAAGUUGAUGCCUGAAAUUAUUUCAACCGCUGAAAGAUCUGAUAUUGCGCCCCAUGUUAAGGAUGGGUAUAUAAUGAUGUUUAUUUAUAUGCCAGGAGCUUUUCAAGAUGAGUUUACCCCUUACAUUGGUCAGAUAAUCAAUCCGAUUUUGAAGGCUUUAGCUGAUGAGAAUGAGUACGUUCGAGAAACAGCUUUGAAAGCGGGUCAGAGAAUAGUUAACAUGUACGCUGAAACUGCUGUUACUUUACUUUUACCAGAGCUGGAAAAAGGGCUUUUUGAUGAAAAUUGGAGAAUUCGAUAUAGUUCCGUUCAGCUCUUAGGAGAUUUAUUAUAUCGCAUUUCUGGUGUUUCUGGAAAAAUGACAACGGAAACUGCUAGUGAAGAUGAUAAUUUUGGAACAGAGCAAUCUCACUCGGCUAUUAUACACUUCUUAGGACCAGAACGAAGAAAUAGAGUGCUAGCUGGUUUAUACAUGGGAAGAAGUGACGUAUCUUUACUUGUGAGACAGAGCAGUUUGCAUAUAUGGAAGCUUGUUGUCACCAAUACUCCGAGAACUUUAAGAGAAAUUCUACCCACGUUGUUUAAUUUGCUCUUAGGUUGUUUGGCCAGUACAAGUUAUGAUAAACGUCAAGUUGCUGCUCGAACCUUAGGGGAUUUAGUUCGCAAAUUAGGUGAACGGGUUUUACCGGAAAUAAUUCCAAUUUUGGAACGUGGACUAAAUUCAGAUCAAUCUGAUCAGAGACAAGGUGUAUGUAUUGGUUUGUCGGAAAUAAUGACUUCUACAUCAAAAGAAAUGGUUUUGACAUUCGUCGAUAGCUUAGUCCCCACAGUAAGAAAAGCACUCUCGGAUCCGUUACCUGAAGUGAGAAGUGCUGCGGCUAAAACUUUUGAUUCAUUACAUGCAACCGUCGGAUCAAAAGCACUUGAUGAUAUAUUACCUUUUAUGUUGGAAAAUCUUUCAAAUCCCGAUCCUAUGAUUGCAAGCAACACUUUAGAUGGAUUGCGACAAGUUAUGUCUAUUAAAUCUAAAGUUGUUCUUCCAUAUUUAGUUCCGCAAUUGACCGCACCCCCUGUAAACAUCAAAGCGCUUUCUAUUUUGGUUUCUGUAGCUGGAGAUGCUGUUACCAAAUAUUUACCAAAAAUUUUGCCAGCUUUGUUAGAUGCAUUGGCUAACGCUCAAGGAACUUCAGAAGAAAGUACGCAGUUGGAGUACUGUCAAACUGUUAUAUUAUCAGUAAAUGAUGAGGCGGGAGUUCGAAUUAUUGUUGACACUUUAAUUAAUUUUACUAAAUAUGAGAAAUUUGAAACGAAAAAAUCGGCCGCAACUCUCCUUUCCGUAUUUUGCAUUUACACCCAAAGUGAUUAUUCCCAAUAUGUAUCUCAACUGCUAAGGACAUUAUUAAGACUUCUAGCUGAUUCUGAUCGCGACAUUUUGCAAAAAGCUUGGGAGGCGUUAAAUGCUGUUAUAAAGAACUUAGAGCCAGCAGAACAAAUUACUCAUGUUAUGGAUGUGCGUCAAGCAGUACGAUUUGCAGCAAGUGAAUUAAAUGGAGCUGAACUGCCCGGAUUUUGUCUGCCUAAAGGUAUUACUCCAUUACUUCCAGUGUUCAGAGAAGCUAUUCUCAACGGGUUACCAGAAGAAAAAGAGAGCGCGGCUCAAGGCUUAGGCGAAAUUAUUUCACUGACUAGUCCACAAUCUCUUCAGCCUUCUGUAGUGCAUAUCACAGGCCCACUUAUAAGAAUUUUGGGUGAUAGAUUUAACUCUGAUGUUAAAGCAGCAGUCUUAGAAACAUUAGCUAUUUUGUUGAGAAAAGUUGGCAUUAUGCUAAAACAAUUUCUCCCUCAGUUACAAACAACUUUUUUAAAAGCGUUGCAUGACAACAGCAGAUCUGUAAGACUAAAAGCGGGACAAGCUCUUGCUGAACUAAUUAAUAUUCAUCUAAGGCCGGAUCCUUUGUUUAUCGAAAUACAUAAUGGAAUCAAAAACUACGACGAUCCAGCUGUUCGAGACACAAUGUUACAAGCACUGCGUGGUGUUAUAACGUUUGGAGGAGACAAAAUGUCAGAAACAUUAAGGAAACAAAUUCACGCAACCCUAAUAUCGAUGUUAAAUCACAAUGAAGAAACUACAAGAAAUGCAAUUGGAGGAUGCUUAGGUGCUUUGUGCAAGUAUCUGCCCCCUGACGAUGUAGAUGAAACAUUGAAAAAUCAUAUAUUAUCUGAGUCUGAUGAUUUUGCCCUGAAGCAUGGUAGGACGAUAGCAUUGUAUGUUGCGCUAAAAGAGAGUCCCGAUGCUAUUUAUAUUUCCGCAUUCCAGCAUAAAAUAACACAAGUUAUAGCAAGUUGUAUAACUUCCGACAGAGUACCAAUUUCAAGUAAUGGUGUUCGUUCUUUUGCCUAUUUGACAAGGCAUUGUUUAAGUAAAAAUGAACAAAUUCCGCAAAGUAUUUUAACAACUUUUGUACGAGCAAUGAACCAUGAAAGUAAUGAAAUCAAACAAUUGGUAGCUAAAACUUGUAGUUUCUUAGCAAAAUCAACAGAAAGCAUCCCACUUGAUAUUCUUAAAGUGAUUAUCCCAAUGCUUGUAAAUGGUACUAAAGAAAAAAAUGUUUACGUUAAAUGUAAUUCAGAAAUUGCUUUAGUUGCUAUACUAAGAUUAAGAUCAGGGGAUGAAUUAUUUCAAAAUUGUUUACAAAUUAUGGAUGCUGGUGCUCGCGAGUCACUGAAUGAAGUUGUCGUAAAAGUUUUGCGAAAAGUAAUGACACAACCAACUGGCAAAGAGGAAGAGUACGACACAACACUUAUCGCGUAAAUUUUAACUAAAUUUCAAUUGUAUGUUUUUCUAAAUUAAAUAAUAAAACUAGUUAUCCAAGUGUA